CCAUUCUUAGACGCACCCCAUCAUCCUCACCCAUUUCUGCACAGCGUAACUCCGCUCUCCACAAUAAAGAUGGCUGGAACGAAAAGAGCGUCUGACGACACUACUGGCCCCACAACCCGAGCAUCCAAGGCGGCAAAGACUGACAAUGGCACACAUGCCACAGCAACCAAGGGCGCAAAGAAGGGCGGUAAAAGAGGUGCUAAGGUAUACAUUUACUCCAUUAUUCCGGUAAGGGAACCCUCUGAACCCCCCGGUUUUGAUUCGAAGGCUUCCUUGCCCGCAUCCACAUUCAAGAACAAGGCUCUUCCCUUACACAUUAAUGUAACACACACACCUCCCAGUAUUGCUGACGACGAGUCGGCUCCCGCUACCUCAGCUGAUCCUGGGUUCUUGGCGACAUUGGCACUGUUGCCCACAAGCUUUGCUACUGGCAGCUACGGCUGGAAAGGUACUAAGCGCUUCUCGGUGGAGCUACCCAAUCCAGACGGCGGCGAUGAAAAAGAAAAAGUUCAAGUCAUGUUGACUGUCAACGCGGCUGUCGUUGGAAGCAAGCAAGCGCCGGGAGAAGAUGGCGAAGCCAAAGAGGAGCACGCAAAAGAGGAUGACGCUAAGGCUGAAGAAGAGCACAAAGAGGAGCACUCUAAUGAGGAGGCCCCCAAGGAUGAUGAGAAGGAGGAAGCCAAGCCUGAGGAAGAGGCUAAGAACGGCACCGCUGAAGCUGAAGCCUAAGAAAUUUUGCUAUUCGGAUUUUUAUUGCUCAGAUAUAUGCGAAUUUAUCAAAGUAACAUAUGUGCUGGCUAUCUAGCGGCCUGCGCAAAAAUCCAACCAAUUUUUUUCUUACUCUC